GACGCCACCUCUCGCUCCGCCCCGACGCAAACUCGCUCUUUGCGUUCAUUUCAUUCCUCUUCUCAUUCCGAGCAUUCUUCGCAUCUCUGUCAGUGCGCGAAGCGAUUCACCUACACCUUCCUGGCUGGCCCAGAAACACCAGAAUAACUUGACAUAGUAUUAAAAAAGAAAUACCCCGUAACAUCCCAUUACUCCAAAAAAAAAGGGACAUUUUUUUUAUAUGAGCUAUCAAUAACGAGUUGGCUCAGCCGGGACUUGUUGGAGAUCACGCAGGAGCAUUUUCGGACCACCUCGAAGAGGAAAACACGGUGGAGAGACUUGUUGCUUCAACGCGUUUUUGACGGUGAUCUUUAAUCGCCAUCGAAGUUUUGUGUCUCUCCCUAGUCUGCUCCAGGCUUCAGCUUGGAGAGCCCAACCGCCACGAUUGAUCCCAGCAGCUGGAGCGGCAGCGAGAGCCCUGCCGAGGACAUGGAGAGGAUGAGCGACUCGGCAGACAAGCCCAUGGACAAUGAUGCCGAGGGGGUGUGGAGCCCUGAUAUUGAACAGAGCUUCCAGGAGGCCCUGGCCAUCUAUCCUCCUUGUGGACGCAGGAAGAUCAUCCUCUCUGACGAGGGAAAGAUGUAUGGUCGAAAUGAGCUGAUAGCCAGAUACAUCAAGCUUCGGACCGGGAAGACGAGGACUCGGAAGCAGGUGUCUAGUCACAUACAGGUCUUAGCAAGAAAGAAAGUUCGAGAAAUCCACGCUGCCAUUAAGGUACGUCUGGCUUUGCCCAGUUGCAGGGGGCUUUUCAUUGCCAUGGUUACAGGCUCUUCCUUUGUUUUCCUCCCCUCCCCUACCCCGCAGGUGUCUAGUCACAUUCAGGUUCUUGCCAGAAGGAAAUCUCGUGAGUUUCAUUCCAAGCUAAAGGUUACAAACAUGGACCAAGCCGUGAAGGACAAAGCCCUCCAGAGCAUGGCCUCCAUGUCCUCGGCUCAGAUUGUUUCUGCCACGGCUAUUCACAACAAGCUGGGCCUGCCAGGCAUCCCACGCCCAGCCUUUCCUGGAGCAGGGUUAUGGCAGGGUAUGUUAUCGGCCGGUCAGCCAGGAUCCUCACAAGACAUUAAGCCUUUCACCCAGCAAGCCUAUCCCAUCCAGCCAGUCACAACAGCCAUUUCAAGUUACGAGUCCAUAGCAGCUCCAGCUCCAACGGCACCAGCAUGGCAGGGCCGCUCCAUCGGUACAUCUAAACUCCGACUGGUGGAGUUCUCCGCCUUCCUAGAGCAACAGAGAGACCCAGACACAUACAACAAGCACCUAUUUGUACAUAUCGGACAGACAAAUCAUUCCUACAGUGACGCCCUGCUGGAGUCUGUGGACAUUCGUCAGAUUUAUGACAAGUUCCCAGAAAAGAAAGGAGGACUGAAGGAGCUCUAUGGAAAAGGUCCCCAGAAUUCCUUCUUCCUUAUAAAAUUCUGGGCGGACUUGAACUGCAACAUUCAAAAUGAUACUGGAUCUUUCUACGGAGUCACGAGUCAGUACGAAAGCUCGGAGAACAUGACCAUUACGUGCUCAACAAAGGUCUGCUCUUUUGGCAAGCAGGUGGUUGAGAAAGUUGAGACUGAAUAUGCGCGGUUUGAGAAUGGACGCUUUGUCUACCGGAUAAGCCGGUCUCCCAUGUGUGAAUACAUGAUCAACUUCAUCCAUAAACUAAAACAUCUGCCAGAGAAAUAUAUGAUGAACAGCGUGCUGGAGAACUUCACUAUCUUAUUGGUGGUGACGAAUAGGGACACCCAGGAGACGCUGCUGUGUAUGGCGUGUGUGUUUGAGGUUUCAAACAGUGAGCACGGCGCCCAGCAUCAUAUCUACAGACUGGUAAAAGAAUGAGAGGCUCCGAGCCCCCCCCCCCCUGUUUUCAUGGACUUACCAACCUCAAGACAAGUGGCAGUGCCUCUACCUGAAAGUCACACCUACAAUGCUUUUUGGUCAUGGUAUCAGGUGAAGUCAGUUGUUCUAAAUUUGUUUUAAUAUAAAGUGUUUGUUAUUUGACUGCAGCUGUGAAUUGCGGUACAGUUGUUUUAUGUUUAAAUACGAGAAUUCUUGUUUCAAAUAUGUUGAGUUGGUCUCUGUUGGGUAUAAAUGUGGCCGUUUUUAAGGAAUUUACUAGAUUCAUUUGGUAAAUGGAAAUAUGUGUGUCGUCUUCUUCUGCUUUGUUAUGUAGAUUGAGAAAAAAAGGACUUUCAGCGGCCUGAUGUGGUCUGUGUAAUAUGUUUGAGUGUGUUUCGUGCGUCUGUAGUCCAUAAUUUGUGAGCGUACAUACUGUAGAUAUACAGACAUGCACCCACAGCCAAUAGAUUUUCCAAAGAAACUAACCUAACAAAACACUACAUGGACAGUUGACGCAAGUGGUUUUGAAUAUUGCAGAAUUACUGCUAUUUCUUUAAAGACAACUCUGCUUUCAGUAGUAUAUUUAUCCCUGUUGAAGCACUCCAAGUCUUAGACACUAACAACAGAAUUAUUGCACUGUGAAAAUACUAACAACAGUUUGCCUGCAUCUGCUUCCUAAAUGUAGGAAGUCCUACGACCUGCUAAGCAUUUCUGUGCUGCAAACAAGUCUUGUCUUUGUGACAACUGAUGGGAGAAUUUUAGAUUUCAGACGGGUGAAAGUACUGCGGAAAUUACUCAAAACAGACUCUCAUCUUGUCCAAAAGCACUUUGUUCUCCCGCCCAGACUUGCCUUAGUGAUGCUUACUUUUUUCUGUUACAGCUGUGGUUUUAAAUAAUCAGCACACUCUAAAUCACAUGUAGACAGAAGGCCUUGUUCAGUACGCUGUGGCUUUGCCCCCUGAAAGGCUCAGAAUACCAUUCCACUCUGGGAUGCUGGUGUGAAAACUCCCAAAGCAGAGUGGUGCUGCCUUCACGUUCACACUAUGUUCACAUGUUUCUGUGGCCUACGCCGAUCCCGAGCCUUAAACAUGUUAUAGCUGUGAGAACUCCAAAAGAUGCCCCUUAAACUGUGAUCUCUACGCAGGAAGACUCUUUUUAUGUUCGCAUUGUGUAAGAAAUUCACAAUCCCAUCUGCCAAAGUGUAGAUGUACAGUGCCUUAGAAUACACUCUAACAUUACCCUUUGCUUUGUUUUAAGUCUAAAAUCAGUUUUGUGGACAAACAGUCAAACUUAACUCACUGCUAUGUUACUUGGUACAUCUUCACAUCUGAGAAAUGAUGUUUCUUACAAUUGGUACACUCCUAGAAAUACAGUUUCUGUUGACGUUAUUAAAAGGCAGUGCUCUUCUGUUGAAGUGUGCAAAUGAAAGCUCAGAAAAAUGAUAACACGGUUAUAUUUUCCUCUAAUGCUGUAAAUGUUCCUAAUAUAUCAGCCUUUUUUCUAAGAGUGUACUAUAAACACAGACUGACUGCCUUUCCUGUCGUAAAAAAGACCAAAAAUACAGAGAUACAGUCAAUCUUUUGUCCUGUUCUGCAUGGUAGCAAGGAAGUGCCUUUGGUAUAAAAUGUCCAGCUUCGAAAAAGAUCAAACAGAAAUUACAAAUUCAAUGUUGCUAGACCAAAAAUGAGACAUACGUGAAACCAAUCACCACAUUGCCUUUUUAAAGGAUUAUUAUGAAAGCAGGAGGAAAGCUGGUUACUGGUAUAAACAAAAAUAGAUGAAUUAUAUAUUCACUUUCAUUGAUUUUGCAAAUUAUGUAUUUGACGAAAACCCAUUUCUUUGCUUGUGGUCAAAGACUGGAAGACCUGCUGAUAACGUACAGCCGCUGACUGCAUGCAGGAUGUCAACUCGUACGGACACCGCAGCUGUUUGCUCCGUGCACACUUGCAGGUUCAAGUGUUUUAAAAAAUAAAAAUAAAAAGGUUUUUGGAAACAUUAUGGUUUCCUCUCUCCUGCAUCCACGCGCUGGCACGAUGCGAAAACAUCACGAUGUUACCUUCGAUGAUGCAGCAGACACAGCUGUGACGUCCUCGAGGGGCCGACACAAGCUUUUAUAAUUUAUCUUUCAGAACGAAAAGGGACCGUUUAUUUAAUGAUCAUACACUACAAAAUUGUAUAACUUUUAAUGUGGUUGAAGUAAUUGUUUCCAAAACCUGUUUGAGAUGCUGUUUCAGAAACUCAUUUUUCACGGGUGCUAGUGUGGACGAGGCCGUUGAGGUUAAUGCUUUUCACCAUAAGGACCAUAGCUACUCAUACAAUUACAAAGUAUUUUAAUGGCAGAAGCUCUAAAUAAUUGCAGACAAUGUCUCUGGUGGAUGCAGAUAAAGUUCAAUCAAUCAUUCAGUAUUUUGUUUACGCUGUGUGUAUCUGUUCACAUUUAUUGAUUACUUAGUGAGAUGUUUUAUUAUUGUACUUGUAUACAGUUGUACUUGGUUUUGUGAUGACAUCGUCUGUAUAUUGCAAGCCCAAUAAGAUGAUAUAAUGAUGUUGCUGCUGCGCUGCUGGUACAUUUUGACAUGUCGUUUCAACACUCAAACAGCAGGACUGAUGCCUUCGAUGGCAUGAAUGUCUUGGUGGACCAUUUGAAGAGAGAAAAUGGACACAUGAAAAAAAUAAAAUAAAAUCAGCCAAGUCGAGGAAUCAUGAUAUAAACAUAUCAGCAGUUUAGCUCUUGUUAUUUGUAAUUCUGUCGAAAGAGUAGGUACUGGUACCUUUUUGUUUUAUGACCAUUUUCAGAUGGUGGCUUUAACGUGAUUCUUCACAUAGCUCACAUAUAGUUGUCAUACACACAUUUGGGUUUUGUGUGCAGAAUUGUUUUUUUUUUGUAAAAAGGUGCUUUGUACAAAACGAUAUAUCUUAGCUUUUCUUGGUACAGAUGUGUGAUAUCUUUUCGUAUCCAUGACGGUAAAGUGUUGGAGCAAAGGAGAGAAGAGACGCUCUGCUAUGUUUCCGUGUUCUGCAUUUGGUCUUGUCUUUGCUCCGUAACAUUUCGAUGCCUUCUUGAUAAUAGUUUUUUGUAGCUUUCUAGAUACUUUGUAUGUAUACAAUAUUGAAGUUAAAUAAAUCUGAAAAUAGA